AUGGAGACCAUGAAGGAUGCAGACCGCUGUGCCAAGUACUUGAACCGUUCUGUACUGGAAGGCCGUCUGAUCAAGGUUGAAAAGGCAAAAAGAAGCUAUGGAAGGACGCCGACCAUUGGAAAAUAUCGCGGUGCAAGAGAAGUGAGAGGUCGUGGUCAUAGACGCUCACGGAGCUACUCACCUUAUCGACCUCGGGAUAGAGGCCGGCCUCGUUCCCGUUCUCAUUCAAGGGGUCGGCGGGAGAGAUCUCGCUUACCUUAUGCAAGUGAACCUAAUAGAAGACGCAGGGAUAGUUCUGUGUCAGCAGCCAGCGAUGGAAAACACCGAUCAGAUGAACAA